AUUAUUAGCAAAUAAGCCGCAGCAACAACAACGUAAUGAUGUCAGUGUAAUUAAUAGCAACCAUAACUACAGUUAUAAUCAUGAAAUGAAAGUAAUCGGUCAUUUCAAUAAUAUCAAUAACAAAAAUAUCACCUGUGAUGAUGACGCUUUACAUGAAAACAAAAAUCACAAUAUCAACAGUAUUGGUGAACACGAUAGCUUUGAAAGCGAAAGUGACGUUGGUAGUGUUGGUAUCAUUGGCACUGGCGGGGUUAGCGCUUAUAGUGUUGAUGCCAGUUCUCUGAACGAAAUGAACGCCAGCAACUCUUUGACAACGACUGCUGCUAAUCCAUAUGCAGGUAGCAUGGCUUCAAUCACCAGCGAGCAACGACUCUGUCAAUUAUAUAACUCGCAACAACACUCCGAUUACAUAAUAUCCGACUACAUGGAAAAAAUAGCUACGCGCAUUAGUUUAUUGGAAACAGAGUUGAAGUUUGCUUGGCGUGCUUUGGACUUACUGUCCGGAGAGUAUGGUAAGAUUUGGGCCCGUUUGGAGAAACUGGAGAAAAUAUCGACUGAGCAGCAAUCAGUUGUCAGCAAUUUAAUGGGUUUGAUAGCAUUGAAGAAAGAACAUCAGCAGCAACAACAACUCAAUCAAAACCACCAACAUGGUGCUGAGUAUGAGACACAUUUAGACUUUAUUGACAACGAUGCGGUCGAUCAACAGCGACCCCUUUUUGACUAUCUUCUGCGUGAUGAGCAUUUGUUGAUGUCAAAUUUAGUUGAAGCCGAACAGCAAGCUAUUUUAUUGAAUAAUUCAGCCGCUGCUCUAUUGCAUGAUAUUAACAUGGAAGGUACAUCGAAACAUUAUAAUAAUCUAUUACAGGAGUUAAAAAACGACACCUUAGACGCAUUGGAUGCUGUACGCAUGGACAGCGAAUUGGAUGCACUCGGUAAGGUACUGCAACAGCAGACGAGCUUAACGUACGACGAAGGCGCCAUUGUCGCUGAUAGCGUUCAUUUUAAAGAAACAAAACCCGGAAAUAUGAUGUAUUCACUUGGUAGGCAAGAAAAUUUACAGCUAUCCGAUUGUUUUGAUGUGGGGGAUGGCGUUAAUCAUGUACUGUCAAAACUUGUUAAGCAUGGCGAACUCAGUGGAUCCCUUUCACCGUUAAGUAAUGUUCAGCAAAGAAAAUGUCAUCAAGUGGCUGCUGCAAUAACUGCAGCUAAACUAGCCAGGAACAAACUUUACUCGGAUUCAGAACUACUGCUUUAUGAGCAGCAACAAAUGCAGGCAAAUGAUGCUAAAAGCGAAUUACUGCAACAAUUUCGGAAUAGCCGGCAAAUUCUGGAGAAGCUCGUACCCGGUGACAAUAAUGCGUGUAGUGACCGCCUACAACAUUAUACAAGAACAGCAUCAGGCAGUGUGCUGAGUUUACCAUUUGUGUACGGGGGGAUUUUUGGCACGACUCGUAAAUUGGCAGAUGCGACACUACAAAAGGCACACUCAUUGGCACAUAUCAGACCGCAAAUAUUUAGCGAUUUAUCUGGUGAAAUGGCGUCAAAUUUAUAUGAAAACAACGAAGGUAGUGUAUCUGUCGACAAUAUAUAUGAUAUUGAUAUGCCAUUGAGUGAUUUUGUUGAACAAGUUAAGUUUUUUCGGCAAGCGGCCUCUAAACAUGGCGAGGGCGGGCAACUGGUCGUGCCCAUAGAGGAUACGGGUGGGACAUGCAACAGAACUCUCCUCAAUAUUGGAAACAACAGUGAAAUGAACGAAGAAUUUUACAAAAAACUUAAUGAAGCGUAUCGCGAUAAUAGUCUGACUACGGAAAUUUCAAAUGUUGAGCGGUUGUUGCAGCAAUCGGAAGCGACACACGAACAUGUAUUAGGCGUAUUGGGUGCGCAUACGAAUUCCACGCUGGAUAUGAUCCGCGAGGAUAAUGAAGAGGCACCUGAGGGGAUCGUACGUGGAAUUGGUUGUAUGAUGGAUAUUGCCGCUUCAGAUUCUUCACAACUAAUACCAACCACAAUAACCACCAAUUUAACUACUACAGCUGCAGAACCAACAACAACAAAAUCAGUAACGAAAAAGAUUAAAGAGAGCAAGAAGCAAAAAAAGAAAAAACAUUACAAGGAUGAAAUGGAAAUGCUGAACAAUUUGAAAAGUGCAUUAGCGCAAACUGCUGUGGAUGAAAAUAUAAAUAAAAAAACGCCAAAAUAUUCUAACGGUUUCUUUAGCAGCGCCAAUGCAACUGGUCCUCCCAAUGUAGGUGAUCGACGCUCAACUGCUUCUUCAUCUGAAGAAGAGUAUAACGUUAUCGGCACUCAAUUUGACGGACAAGAUUAUUUCUUUUCCCAAUUAAAUGAGGAUAAAACUGUUGUUCUCGAUAGUACUGGCGAGAUAUUGCUUAUGGAGAUAAAUAAAAUUCAAGAUUUGCAAGUAUUGAGUGCUGCGCAAAUUCUUAAACUAAGACAAUUGGUUAAAAAUGAUAUUGCUUUUUUCGAAAAUAUCUACCAAGUCAAUAAUAAUCUUUUACUUCUGCUAUUAAAUCCCGUCACAAUUGCCGAAGAAAUGCGUGCUUUCGGUAAUGACAAGCACCGCAAAUUCGAAGUAGUAAUGAAAAAAUUAGAAAGAAACAUUGACACGCUGAAAAAAUUGGUCGGAAAUUCAUUUGAUGAUUACAAGCGAAAGUACCUGACCGACGCAGAGUUGACAUUGAUGAAAGCAGCUGGCGAACUCACCUGCGAUAAAAUUGAAACUGCAAAUAAAACUCCGAAAAAAUAUUUAAAAACAAAAAGAGGAGCAAUGAAACAAUCUAAAAUACCACUAGAUUACAAUGCUGAGGACACAGACUUUACUCACAUAACGGAUAAAAAAGAUAAGCUUUUGGAAAGUAGAAUCCCAUUGGAAAAUGAUAUUAGUGUUAAAAGUAAGACCAAUAAUAAUGCACAUUUCGAUUAUAGUGCGCAGUUAUUACGCAACAAUUCCAAUUUAGACGAACAACUUAAAAUAUUGGAAACACAGGAACAUGAAAUGCACCUUAAAAAAUUUCAUGACCCCACCAAAAAUGCGGGUAGCGGUAACAAAGGUGUUGACGGUAAUUCUAGUACAGACUUACAUCAGCCAUAUACCAGUUAUUUAAAUACAGAUAAUUAUUUGGUUGACAUGGAUGCAGAGUUUGAACGGAUGAUUUUGAGAACAUCAACUAGUAAUAUGAAUAACAUAGCCCGAGAAAACCGUAUUUCCCAACCAGUUGGUCGAGCUACUUCUGCCACAAAUCUUUACAGCAAUGAUGAGUACAUUAAGUCACUGAAGCGUAGCUUGGAACGGCACAACAGUAUGCUCUUCCUACUACAUUUGCAGCAUCCCGACCAUCAACAUAAAACUAAUGCAUAUCAAGAUGUUUUGGCUAUGGAUAUUGAUGGUAUUCUAUUAGCUGGAGUUGGAGGUAAACAAAGUCCCCCACCGCCUGCACCGAAUGAUGCCCAAUCUGACGUGCCGCAUAAGCUAAGUGAGGCUGAAGUCGCUGCUGUUGACAUUUCAAUAUCAUCCAUGCCAGCCCUGAAUCCAUUUCAUCAACAGGCACAAAUGGCGGGAUAUGGCAGUGCACAUCUGCAGAUUCAUCAUGCUGGGGGCUCACCAAAACAGACCAAAUCUGACUCCGGACUUUCAUCUAUGAGCGGUCUAUCCAGUUGGGAAAAAUCACCGAAUUCGCCUGUGUAUUGCGGGAGUAGCGCCGUUGUUAGUAUUGCUGAUAUAUGCAAUCCUUUCCUUAACAGUUAUCAAGGUAUUAAUAUGGAUAUGCAGCUAUUAAUGUCUAAAACCAUUUCAAUGAAUAACAGCAAUAACUCAAACUUAGACAAUUCUGGCUUAAUUACGGAUCUUGAUGGUAGCCUUGAUUUAGGUAUAAAUAUCACUAAUGUACAUUUAAAUGUUGAAAAUUCUGACAAAAAAUUGGUGACCACUACACAUGCCAUUACCAUACAAACUACUUGUUCCAUCAUACCGACCAUAAUCAAUUCAACUAUUGCCACAUUCUCCAACACUCUCGAUAAAAUCAAACAGCAAAAUCAUUUGCAACAGCUGCUAACGUCACAGUUCCAACAUCAAAGUUACCAGCAAAAGCAACAACCUGAACUACACAAACAACAACAGAAGCACCCACCUCAACAAACCGAAAAAGAUUAUAUGCUUAGCGAAGAGAAUCUGAAUUAUAUUCGUGAAUUAUCAAAGAACAUGCCCAUAUGUUCGGUAUACGAGAACAAAUCUAUUUUUAAUAUAUUGAAAGACGAUACCUUGGAUGACAACAUUCGAACUGUAGAUGAAAUGCUUGAAUGGGAUAAUCAGCAACAAACACAAAAGCAACAGCCAAAUAUAUCAUCAACUACCAUUAGAUCUGUGGACUCAAACCGCCGCAUUCCUGACCUCUUGCGCACACCCGUCUAUGAAGCGUUAUCUACAGGUAGUAGAAAUUCUUCUACAAGUUCGUACGAAGAAACUGAAAUUGAUAGGGUCGCAUUGCGUGAGUCGCAAACACGUAAACAACAUCUUACAGACCAUCUGGUAUAUUAUCCAACAUUUAAUGGGAUUACUGAUUAUAACAGCAGUCAAAAUUUGGAUUAUUUGGGCAAAAGUAACUUUGAAUAUCGUCGGCAAUUCCAGCAUCAACAAUUGCAGCAGCGGCAGCACUAUCUCGAUUCUAGAUGUGUAAAUGUCCUUGGUUAUGCAGAUACGUUGUCAUCGCCAAUUGAACCACCACGAAAGGCACCACAGCACCAGCAACAGCACUGGUUGCAAACACAUCGUCCAGCAUCAGUUGCCACUUAUGAACUAUACAAUCAUCAGAUGCAAGAAAGAAAUAAUUUAACUGGUACUCUCGCAUAUGCAUUGCAACGAAUGCCGUCCAAUUCAAAUCAAAGCAUCGAUACAGAAUUGCCUAUGUUUAUAGAUCCAAAUACCGCUUAUUUUAGUGUUACACCGCGAGAUGGUGCGACAGCACAAGGUAUAAUGGUAUCCUCGGCAUCUGCUGCCGCAAUUGGGUUGGAUGGUGGUAUAUCCACUUUGAGUACCUCUGUGAACAGCAGUGCUGUUGCUGGGCAAUCUAUUUUCCAUAAGCCUCCUAAAGUUUGGAAUAGACUCACCAAUUUUCUCCCGGAAAGCUUUAAACUGAAACGGUCACCGACAUACGGCCGCUCGCGGUCUUUACCCACUGGAUAUGAUAAUGAAAUGCACGGUAAUAACAUUAAAGUUCGUGGCCAAGCUGGCUCUUACCCUUCUGUUGCCGGUCACAUCACUCCCAAAAUGCCAAAUUCACACAUCAAACCUAAUGGACGAGAUGUGUCCGAGUUCAUGGUAUAUAAGAUGACGGCUUCAACGAUGUCAACUGGCGGCCAGCAGCGUAGAAUUAAGCAUUUGGGAGGCAGCUUUGACUUUUCGAAACGCUUUCACAAGUUGCCUUUGCAGCUGAUGCAGCGUGCUACACAUCCGGGCGCACGCGCGGUUGUUAGCACAUCUACAUCAUCCGCAACUGCUGACACUGGUUUAGCUGGUGGUACCAGCAUUAAGAAGGCAAUGGUCGGCAAAGGCCACAAGACACGCUCAAAAUUUUCCGUAACUGUAAACAAUUUCAUGCAGAAAGCAAGAACUUACCGGCGGCGCAAGUUUGUGACCCAUGGUAGGAGUGGUGUUGAGAUGGGGGUGGCGGUGGCCAAUGUAUCAGACACCGAGGCAGAUUUACCUAGUUUCACAUCAUCGGACAACGAAGACUUGAUAGCGAAUGAACUUGAAGAAUUAAGUGCAGUUGCAACCGAAGAACGUACUUUUGGUGAGCAUAAGGUACAAGCGUUCGAUGAAUAUAAAACGUUGUUACCAAAACGUCAUAAACAACACAUAAAACUACUGCAACAGAAACAGCUAGUACAAGAAGAGCUGAAUGUGAAAUUGCUCAGGAAAAAAAUCCACUCCGGAAAAGAUGACCGAGAAGAAGACUACGAAGAAGACGUCCCUUCUUUUGGAGAAAUUGGUGAAUUUAUUGGUAUUAGUAACAAUGGCGAAGAGCAAGGUCGCCACCAAGACAACGAAAUUGAUGAGGACAUUGAUGCAAUAGCUAUGAGUAUGUUCCCUCAAAUAUGCCAAUUAAAUCCUAAAGAAUCAUCAACAAGUAAUAUAGAAAAAGAAGUUACUGCUUCGCAGUCGCCGCUAGCAUUACAUUUGGAUCAAACUAUGACCAAUGAUAGAAGUAAUAUCUUUCCUGUUAUGAGCGACAUUAGACGUCAACAGCAAGAUCAAGGCAAAGUGCUAAAAGAAACAAAAAAUACAACAUUCACACCUGCUACUACUAAAGAACCAGUGUCGGAUUCUCGCCUUCUACCAAAACCUAUGAUGUUAUAUAAAAGUGCUUCCAUUUGUGUAGAUAAUGAAGAAUGUGAUUACAGCGGCAGAGGUAUGACCGUGAAACCACAAAUGCAGCCAGUAUCCAUAAUCUCUUCAGAAUGCAAUAAAGCACCAUAUUUAUUUAUAACAAAAAUUAAUAAUGACUUCGAAGACACCAAUAUGAACACAAUGCCUGACAUGGAAUAUAAGUUGAAUGGACAUGGUCAGCGCAGCCUUUCAACACAACAAUCACUAGAUGUACCAGCAGCAGCACUACAUGAAGAAGACGACAAUCGUAGUCAACAUUCGUAUCGCACUUUGUCGUCAUCGCGUCGUCAAAGUACCGAAGAUAGCAUCGACACCGAUGAUGAAUACUUUUGUUAUGAACUAAGGCAGUUGGAAGAAUUGGAACAGCAACGCAAAGCUGAAAUCGAACCCGUAACGUUUGAAGCAAAUCACUCAGUUGACAACGCCCAACUGUUCUCUCAAAUCGAUCAAUUGGCGAUAAGCAGUACAACUGGAUAUCAUGAUGAUAGAGAACGCGAUUUCUUAUCUGAUGAAUAUGCACCAGGCGAGAACGUGAAACAAGUAAUGUCCGAAGUUUUGAAAGAAUUGAAAUAUGUUGUCAAACAGCUACCAGCAAUAGAUGACGCUAUGCUGGAGACAGCGAUAAAAGCCACAACGAAACCCCAACAUUCACAUGGACGCAGCUCGACAAAAUCAAGCAUAAGUACUUCUGAAAGAGUAACUAAAGUGGCGGAUAUACAUAGUGCUUGGCAGGAUAUCAAAGGAGACGAGUUGCAACUCAAUUCUUCUGAUGCUGAUGCGGAGGAAUAUGCCUGUGUGGAUGCUGCCAGCAGCGAUGCUUUGGAAGAGACUAAUACAUUUCAUGCCAUAAAGAGCAUCGAAGACCCUGUUCCGCAGGAUUUUGAGAAAUGCCAGCAGCAUCAGCAGCGUCAGUUUACACAGCAGACACAUAAUCUAAUAGGGAGUGAACGUAUAGGGCCCCAUAAACGUUUUCGAAAACGACGAGACCGCCGUCGUACGAACGACAGUUGUUUUGACAAUGAAGCUAGCCAAGAACUGCAUCAUUCAACAAGCUCCUCGUAUUCAUCGGAAGAGGAUGCUGCCAGCGCUACGAAGCGUUAUAAAGAGAAAACAAAAUCUGCUCUAAGACGUGGUAGCAGUAGCAGUGAUAAGCAAAAACGUGUGUAUGUGACACAAGUUAUGUCACAUGAACCCGAGUUCCAUAGUGAACCCAUACAAUUAAUUGAAACUAUGCAAUCAUCAAUUGAUAUCGGUGUUGUUGCAGCUGAUGAAAAUCUCGAUGAUGAAGAGUCGAAAAAUCUGAGUAUGUCAUCCGGUGCCACACUUGGUCCAGAUACACCAGCUGAAUUAAGUGAGGAAUUGGAAGGCGACCAGCGAGUAUUUAAGACUGCACCAAGCUACCAAGCAUUUAGGGAUAAUCAGGGAAGAACAGAAAUAGUUACCGAAAACAGGCAAUUGAAAGCUAGAGAAACCAAUAUUCCUAUCUCUGCUCAGAUUGACUUUAAAAACAUCUCGGCCCCAGCAAAUAACAAUGCCGAACUCGAUUUGAUCCAAGCAGAAAAAGAAAGAGAAGUACAAAAACAACCAGCGAAACUUUCCAUACGAUUCCUAAGUCAUGAUUCUAGUGUUGAAGGUUCUCAAGUAACUAACGCAGCUGUACUUGGAAGUAGCAAAUGGAAGCUUUUGAAAACUCUUAAAGAACGUAAAAUAGAAGAGAAAAAUAAUCAGGAAAAAAUUAAAGACGAUGAGCUCACAAAAGAUCGGGAAAAGAAUGGCAAUGGCUCUGGAGAUAUUGGUAUACGGGGCAGUGGGCAUCCUGGAGAUAACCCGUUCUACAGUAAUAUCGACAGUAUGCCGGAUAUUCGACCACGCCGAAAAUCAAUACCGCUUGUAUCUGAACUUGUAAGUAGUUAG